AUGUUCGGCUCUAGCUGGGGACAGAACAACCAGCAACAGCAACAGCAGCAGCCGCAACAGACUGGUGGCCUGUUUGGUUCGGGCGGCACCUCUACUGGCUUUGGUGGCAACACCUUUGGUCAGCAGCAGCAAAACACCGGCGGUUUCGGCCAGCCGGCCCAGCAAAACACCGGCACCGGCCUCUUUGGCUCGUCUUCGGCAAACACUGGCUUCGGCGGCGGUGGUGGAUUCGGGCAGCCGGCGCAGCAGGCCCAGACUAGCACGUUCGGCGCUCGCCCCAGCUUCGGCGCAACUGGAUCGUCGACGUUUGGUCAGGCCAACACCACAACAGGUGGUGGUUUGUUCGGCUCGCAGAACAAUAACAGCACGUUUGGCCAAAACAAUGCCUCGACCUCGGGUGGAUUAUUUGGUGCCAAGCCGGCCACCUCUGGCUUUGGCUCGUCGCCUGCGUCAGGUGGCUUAUUUGGAUCCAAGCCCGCGACUGGUUUCGGCGCGUCUGGCAGCACGUCAGUGACCAUGCCUGCCAACCACGUCUACUCUUACAACCCCGGCCCGCCUCCGCCUCCUCCCACCACGGGUACCCAGGCGCCUCCGUACCAACCUACCUGGCAGCGUGACCCGGCGCCAGGAAUCGGCAAGGAGUUACCCCCACCCCACCUCUUCCAUGUCAUCAACGCCAUGGAUGCCUACAAGGGUGCCAGCUUCGAGGAGCUCCGCAUGAUGGAUUACCAGCAAAACCGCAAGGAGCCAACAGCACAGCCUGCCGCUGCCGGUGGGUUUGGACAGCCUGCCGCCGGCGGGUUUGGCCAGCCGACCUCGGCUUUUGGCCAGCCCGCGGCCUCGACUUCAACCUUCGGUCAGAAGCCCGCGACUGGUGGCCUGUUUGGUUCGACCUCUGCCACGCCUAGUGGAUUCGGUACCAGCAACACUGCUGGAGGCUUCGGCCAGCCUCAGAACACUGGCACCGGCUUAUUCGGCCAGAACAACACCUCUACCUUCGGCCAGCAGAACACCAACACCGGCGGCGGUCUCUUCGGCCAGCAGCAAAACCAGGCCAACACCACUGGCGGUGGUCUAUUCGGCAACAACAACAACAACAGCAGCCCCUUUGGUCAGAACCAGCAGCAGCAGCAGCCGGCCUCGACGGGCUUCGGUGGCUUUGGCCAGGCUGCUAACAAGCCUGCAUUCGGCGCAGCCACCACCUCUGCGUUCGGUCAGCCCGCUGCCGCGACCACUGGUUUCGGCCAGCAAAGCACGGGCACGACUGGCUUUGGUGGCUUUGGACAGCAGCAACAGCAGCAGCAACAGCCCGCCCAGACUGGUGGUCUCUUCGGCCAGCAAAACACCACCACCAACGCGUUCGGUCAGACCAACACCGCCGCCCAGCCCGCUACGUCGCUCUUUGGCCAGACCAACACGCAGACCGGCACCACUGGUGGUCUCUUCGGCAACGCCGCGGCCAAGCCUGCAGGUGGCCUCUUCGGCUCGACGCCCGCAGCUACGACCGGCACGACGGGUUUCGGCGGCUUCGGCCAAAGCAACACUGCCGCGCAGCCUGCAACGGGAGGCCUGUUUGGGCAGACCAACGCUGCCGCACCUGCUACUGGUACGGGUCUCUUUGGUAGUGCUACUACGCAGCAGCCUGCUCAACCAGCUUCUACAGGUGGUUUGUUUGGUAACGCGAACAACGCCGCAACUGGCUCAUCGCUCUUCGGCGCCAAGCCCGCAACUACGGGCGGCCUGUUCGGCAACGCGGCCGCCCAGCCUGCCGCCACCGGCACGACCGGCUUUGGUGGCUUCGGCCAGGCUCAGGCGACCACUGGCGGUGGCCUGUUUGGCAACACCCAGGCGGCGGCCGCCCCCAAGCCUGGCGGUCUGUUUGGUUCUGGAAGCUCACUGUUUGGGCAGCAGACUCAGCAGCCCGCCGCUGCCACUGGCACCACGGGAGGCCUCUUUGGCAGUGCCCUUGGACAGUCUCAGCCAGCAACCUCUGGCCUCUUCGGCAGCACGAACCAGCAGCCUGCACAGACCAACUCGUUGUUUGGCAGCACCCUUGGCCAGUCAACCCUCCAGCAGCAGCAGCAACCGAAUCUCAUGGCCUCGGUUGACCAGAACCCUUACGGCAACAACGACUUGUUCAAGUACAACAACCAGCAGCUGGAAAUUAGCACGUCGAACAAGAAGCCUGCUCUCCCUCCUCUCACCACAUCUACCUUCCGCGUCACUCCUUCCAAGGGCCGAGUCAGCAACCUCCGCGGAUUUGGAUCUCCCUACAAGGGGCUCAACUCAUCGCAGGGCUCAGCCCGCGGCGGCAGCCCCGGUCUUGGAGUGUCGUCGUCCCCCAGCCGCUCGCUCUACGGCACCCCUGUGCCUUCCGAUCGCUACAAGGGCCUCACGGAGCAGGCGCUGUCCCCCAACGCGUUUAUCCCGCGCCCCAGCGUCAAGAAGCUCACCAUUAGCAAGCAACAGAACGGCCUGUCAACCAGCGAUGAUCGCCUCGAGUCUGUCCUUGGCAAGUCGGCGCUCAAGAGCUCGGCGAACGGCAACGGCUCUGCUCCUCCCACUCCCGGCGACAACUUCAGGAGUCGCAGCCCCGCUGUGAUCACUCCGCGUGUGAUCGACGACACCCCCACUCGCCGCCCUCCCACGACUGUCACUGAGGUGGCAGUUCGGCCCCCACCGGUGACUUACCAACACAAGAAGGGUGACUACUGGUGCAGGCCGUCGAUCGACAAGCUUCGGAUGCUCUCCCACGACCAGCUCAGCAGCGUUGCUAACUUCUCCGCUGGCCGCAAGGGCUACGGCGAGGUUACCUUCCUCGACCCCGUCGACCUUACCACUCUCUCGUCGCUCAACGACGUGCUCGGCGGCGUCAUCGUCGUGGAGGAUUUGGAGCUUACUGUCUACCCCGAUGAGACGAACAAGCCUGAGCGUGGCAACGGUCUCAACGUCCCAGCUGAGAUCUCGCUCGAGAACUGCUUUGCUCGCGACAAGGGUACCAAGCAGAUUGUCACAGACCCCAGCGACCCUCGCUACCAGCGCCACCUCAAGCGCAUCAAGGCCAUCCGUGACACCGAGUUCAUCAGCUUCACUGAGGACGGUGUCUGGACCUUCCGCGUCGAGCACUUCUCCAAGUACGGCCUUCUCGGCAGUGACGACGAGGAGUCGGACGAGGACACGCCAGCGUCGCCCACCCCUGCCCCUUUCGACAAGUCUGUCGAUGACCACUCAAUGUCGGACUCGUUUGACGACGAGGAGGAUGUCGACUUUCUUCCUCCCACCAAAAGCAUCCACGACACUUUAAUGCACUCAGACGAAGGCAGCUUCGAGGACACUGAGGAGUCCGAUUCAUACGACGAGGACGUGGAGCAGUAUGACGACGAGCCAGCCGAUGUCCAGGGCAACUGGGACCGUCCGAUCAAGACCAAGCUCGGCGCCGAAGGGAUGCGCAAGCUGCGCCAAAUGCAGUCGUCGUUCUACGGAUCUCAGCCGACCAAGGCUCCCCGUACGACGCCUGCCCAGGCACAGCGCGCCGCGGCUCUGGAGGCCGCCCGCGCGCUCCAGCGCAAGCGCGAGGACUCGGGUUUUGAGUCUGCCGAGGAGGGUGAUGCGAAGCUUGGCGACCGGGCCGUCAAGCGCGCCUCCUUCGGCGAGUCCUCCAGUCCGCCUCUGAUCCGCCAGCCUCGCAAGUACGCCAAGGUUCCCUUGGCUGACUCGUUUGUUGGUGGCAACGAGGGUGUUCGUGCCGAUGCCGGUUUGGCCCUCGGCCGCUCAUUUCGCUGCUCGUGGGGACCUAACGGUGAAUUGGUCCACUUUGGCAAGAUUUGUGCGCCACACGCCAAGUUUAGCUCGUCUUCCGACCCGGUCGUGAUGGUCGAGGAUGUCCAGCUUCUCGCUCAACCAGCUGCCAUUGAGCGACCUCGGGCUGAGCGCCUGCUCAACCUCUUGCUCGAGCACACCAAUGUCGAAGAUGUCGAUGGUGUGCCCACGGCGUUUAUCGACAACGGCGUCCGCUUCAAGGAGUUUGCGGCCCUCUUCCCCACUGCAGACCGCUCUCAUGAAGCGAGCGUCUGGCGCCUUGGCCAGGCACUCUUUGACGAGAUCGACCUUGGUCUUCCAGCGGGCACACCAGAUGAGGUCCGCGGCAACGUUGCCGAGGUUCGACGCAAGCUUGCUCUGUCCAAGUGGCUCGAAGAUGCCGUUGCUCCGGCCGUCGACGCAGACCUGCUCAACGCUGGCGACAAUCGCCCCGCCAAGGUGUUCACGCUCUUGACGGGCAACCAGGUUGACCGUGCUGUCCAGUCUGCCCUCGAUGGCAAGGACAUGCGCUUGGCCACCCUGGUGUCGCAGGCAGGUGGACCCGACGUCUUCCGCGCCGAGGUUGCCCGCCAACUCCAGGAUUGGAACCAGUUUGGCGCGAGUGGCCUGAUCGGAUACGACUACCGCAAGCUGUACGCUCUCCUGGCUGGUGUGACCGACGUUUCACCUGGAGGUACCGACUCGUCUCGCGAGGUUCUCGUCGCCGAGGGCCUUGACUGGAAGCGUGCCUUUGGCCUGCGCCUCUGGUACGGCUGCUCGUUCGAGGACUCGAUCGCCGGCGUGCUCGCCGACUACUCUGAAGCCCUUCAGUCGGCGCACCCCCCGGCUCGUCCGCUGCCCCCCUACCUGGAGAAGCCUGGUGAUGACCGCGAGUGGACCCUGCCUACCCAGCCCACAGAUGUCCUGUUCAACCUGCUCAAGCUCUACUCGGACCUGACCGUGUCCCUCGACAACGUCCUUUCCGCUCGCGACUGUUCGCCCAGCCCGACGGAUUUCCGACUCCCGUGGCACCUGUACCUCCUCCUGUCUCGCGUGCUUGCCAAGCGCGACUUUGAGGACCGCGAGGAAGCCGACGACGAUGGCCAGAGCUUCAGCGCUACAGCAGAUCAGAUCACGAGCUCGUAUGCGCAGCAGCUUGAGGAGGAGGGACAGUGGACCUGGGCUGCGUUCGUGCUCCUGCAUCUCGAGCGCGCCAGCAGCCGCCGGACAGCGAUCCAGGCGCUUCUCUUCCGCCACCCGGAGCCCUCGCCCCGCGACCAAGACUUUUUGAUCAACACCCUCCACGUACCGAUCGAGUGGCUCCACGAAGCCCGCGCUGCCAACCUGGCUGCCGAGGGCGAUGUGUACAAGGAGUACUACGCGCUCAUCCCCGCCAACCUCCCCGACCGUGCUCAGCGCCUCCUCGUGGGUAAGCUUGCUCCAGAGGCCGCGCUGCGAGACGACCGCAACCUUCUUCGCCGGCUGUGCGAGGCUCUCGAGCCUCUCAAGCCCACGGGCUGGGAGUACAACGGUGGCCUGUACCUCGAGUACCUGGAGAUCGUCACGGAGGUGAAGGGACUGCUGAAAUCGGUUAAAAACGCCGGUGCGCAUCCCGACCCCCACGACGCCGAGAAGCUGUCUAGAUUGGGCAAGUCGCUACUGCGUGUGAUCCAACUGCUACCAGCUCUGUUCCCCGACACUACCGACGUCCAGCAAGUGGCCAGCCUGAGCUACAUGCUUAGCCAGCUUCAAGUCCUCGCUGUCGGUCUGCACGAGGAAGGUGUUAUUCCCCGCCCGCCCGUGUCAAAGCUCCUCGUCGACAAGGACCGCCUGCACCUGCUGCAGGGUGCCGCGACGGAGUCGUUUGAGCAAUCUCUGUCUGCACUCACUCCCAAGGAGUGA